CGCGGGCCGUGCUCCGUGGGCAGCGGGCCGGACCCCGGGGACAGGGCCGAGCCGCAAGAUGCGCUGCGGCCGCGCUGAGCCAGAGCCAUGAACUGCUUGUUCCAGCUGCUCCUGGCCGUCCUGCCUCUGGCCCUGGCUACCUCCCAGCACCGCCCAGACAAGGUGCCCUGUAAGACGGUGGACAAGGAGGCCUUGUGCCAGGGCCUUGGCCUGCUGCAGGUCCCCCAAGGCCUCCCGCUGGACAUUGAGGCCCUGGACCUCUCCAAGAACCAGAUCCGGGACAUCCUGGCGAUCCCGCUGAGCUCCUACACGGCGCUGCGGCACCUGGACCUCAGCGCCAACGAGAUUGGCUUCCUGCAGCCGGGGGUCUUCCAGGCCCUCCCGCUGCUGCAGCGCCUCAGCCUGGCCCGCAACCGCCUGGGGGUGGGCGCCAUGCCGAGCGGCGGGGGCCUGGGCAUGCUGCCGCGCCUCGCCACCCUGGACCUGUCGGGGAACAGCCUGUACAGCGGCCUGCUGGAGAGGCUGCUGGGGCCGGCGCCCACGCUGCUGGCCCUCUCGCUGGCCGAGAACAGCCUGACGCGCCUGGCCCGCCACACCUUCCACGGCUGCCCCGCGCUCGAGCGCCUGGACCUGCACAGCAACGUGCUGCUGGACAUCGAGGACGGCGCCUUCGAGGCCCUGCCCCGCCUGGCCCACCUCAACCUCUCCCGGAACUCCCUCACCUGCAUCUCGGGCUUCAGCCUCCCCCAGCUGCGGACGCUGGACCUGAGCUGCAACAGCCUCGAGGCCUUCCAGACGGAGCCGGAGCCGCGCGCCGAGUUCCAGCUGGCCUGGCUGGACCUGCGCGAGAACCGGCUGCUGCAGCUCCCCGAGCUGGCCGCGCUGCCCCGCCUCACCUACCUGAACGUGUCCAACAACCUCAUCCGGCUCCCGGCGGGGCCCGCGGCGGGCCGCGCCGCCGCCCACCUGCCCUCGGCGGGCUGGCCGGCCGGGCCCCUGUCCACCCACGGCUGGGCGGCCAGCAAUGGCUCCCUGGCGCCCCGCCUCCUCAACCUGGACCUGAGCUACAACGAGAUCGAGCGCGUCCCGCAGGCCUUCCUGGAGCGCCUGCCCGCCCUGCGCGUGCUGAACCUCAGCCGCAACUGCCUGCGCGCCUUCGCGGCGCCGCGCCCCGGCGCGCUGCCCUGCCUCGCGCUCCUGGACCUCAGCCACAACGCGCUGGGGACCCUGGAGGUCGGGGCCGGGGCCCUGGGUGCUCUGCAGACCCUGUUCCUGCAGGACAACGGCCUGCAGGACCUGCCCGCCGACACCUUUGCCAGCCUGGCCAGCCUGCAGCGGCUGGACCUGCAGCAGAACCGGGUCCGGCCCUGCGGGGGGCCGGGGGCGCCAGGCUCCUCAGGCUGCGUGGCCUUCUCGGGCAUCCCCUCGCUGCGCGUCCUGAGUCUGGUGGACAACGAGAUGGAGACGCUGCAGGCUGGGGCCUUCCUCCACACCCCGCUGACCGAGCUGGACCUCUCGGCCAACCCUGGGCUGGAGGUGGCCACGGGGGCCUUGGCCGGCCUGGAGGCCUCCCUGGAGGUCCUGGCUCUGCGGGGCAACGGGCUGACCGUCCUGCAGGUGGACCUGCCCUGCUUCAGCUGCCUCAAACGGCUCAACCUGGCCGAGAACCGCCUGAGCGCCCUGCCGGCCUGGACGCAGGCCGUGUCCCUGGAGGUGCUGGACCUGCGGAAUAACAGCUUCCGCCUGCUGCCGGGCAGCGCCAUGGGCGGCCUGGAGCCCAGCCUGCGGCGCCUCUACCUGCAGGGCAACCCCCUCAGCUGCUGCGGCAACGGCUGGCUGGCCUCGCAGCUGCACCGGGGCCAGGUGGACGUGGACGUGGGCGCCGCCCAGGGCCUGCUCUGCCGCUUCGGCUCCCAGGAGGAGGGCUCCCUGGGCCACGUGCGCCCCGAGGACUGCGAGAAGGGGGGGCUCACGAACCUCAGCCUCCUCCUCCUCCUCACCUUUGCCCUGGUGGCGGCCAUCCUGCUCGCCACGCUGGCCACCUGCUGCUGUGUCCGCCGGCAGAAGUUCAGCCAACAGUACAAAGCCUAGAGGAGCAGGGCAAGGCGGGGUGGGCAGGGGGCAGCCCCUCGGUGUGGGCCCAGGUGGGGGCUCCUUGCCCUGCGGCCCAUGGAGGCACACGUGACCCCUCCCCGGUGGGUGUCGUGUGUGAGCCGGAAGCCGGGCAGCUGAGAGGCCGCCAGCUCAGCACUCCCACAGCCCACUAGCUGGCGUGCUGUGCCACGCCCUGGGCACGGGGGUGUGGGUGAAGGGGGCACGGCCCCGCCCGCAAGCCCCUGCAGGUUGGAGGAGGAAGCGGUGGUCCCAGAGCCCAGCAGGAGGUGGUGGGAGCCCCUGAGCUUGCAGCUGGCCGAGGCUGCAUGGAGGAGGGUUGGCUCGCCUGGGCUCUGGGGAGACUGAGUCUCCGUGUGACGAUCAGUCUCGCCGGGACACGAGGUGCUGGUGCCCUGGAUGGCGGGUGCUCGAGGCAGGAGCAGCGCCUGCUCGGGGCCCUGGCCAUGGCUUCGUGCAGUUUCAGCCCUGGAUCGGCCCCUUCCGGGCCCCCUGGGACGGGCUAGUGCUCACUGGCCCAGCCCUCCCGUUGUCUUCUCUGUCCUGCUGUCUGGCGGGCAGGCACUCCGUGUCUGGUUCUGUUUUGCACCAGGCGUGGCAGCCGGAUGCCGCCUUCACGUGCCUCUUGCCCCGACCCUCCGAGGUUGGUGUUCCUCAUGAAUGUGGCCCUCGCAGGUUCCGGCCGGCGUCCUGGCCAAGACAUGCUGGACUGAGACUCAGGCACCCACCCUGCUGGCUGCAGGGCCGGAGCCUUGCCCGGGACGGGGUGUAGACAGGACGGGGCCCCGGAAGCCGAGCCUCUCCUGUGCUGUCCCCCGCUCUCCAGCCAGGCCUCCUGGCCCCAUCCUGCCUCUGUUUCUCUCCGUGUCCUCUCCUCGUCUCUCGGAGCCUCUCACCUGCCUCGCUCCGUCCGCUGAGCAGGGCCAAUGUUUGAGUCAUUGAGUCUCCCCAUGGCACUUGGAUAGGGAAACUGAGGCAGGCAAAGAAGUGCUUCGUCUGCUCAGAGCUGCACACGUCACGGACAGAGGCUGGGGCGAGGUGGGGGCUUGGAAAAGUGGGGCCAUCGUGGGCCAGAGUGAUAGGAUAGCCGGCAGGAACUUGCCUUAGACACGACUGAUGGGGUUCCAUUCCCAGCACCCCGUCUGGUUCCCUCCAUGCAGGCAUUUUUUCCCUAGAAAAAAGGAGAAAUAGCCAUCCUGACAUGACCCUCCAAGCCAUCCCUCGGGGACUUGCAGUUGUCCAGGAAGGAAGAGGCUGGGCCAGGCGUAGGGCUGCUGUCUCCCCCCUCACUGUGCUCGGCUUCUGAUAGUGCUCAGGAAAGCAUCCGGCAGCAAAGGUCCUUCCUUCUCUCCACCCCAUUUUGCAGAUGGGAAAACUGAGGCCCAGAGGAGAUCGAGGACUCAGGAAGUCAAUGGCAGAGUUGGGGCGGGUUCCUGCCCUGCUUGGGGUCUGGGAGGACAGUAGGGGGGAUGGAAGGUUGUUGGAGGGCUCCAGCCCUGGGUGGGCUCACACUGGUGCACACAAACACUCCUCAGGCAAUGCGGGUGGGCACAGGCUCGCCCUGCUGAGAUUCAGGAACACUACCCAAUGCUGCUCACCCCCGGGCCCGGGGCCCUUCUCUGUAGAACCCCUGUGGAUGGAAUAAAACCAUUUCCGCAGAAACAGUGUGGCCUGGAAGCUUGCUGUGGGCUCAUGUGCUCAGUGCUCUCCUCUCAGGAGACAUUAGAGGGGGCCUGGGGCUGGGCCGUCACGCUGCUGGCCCUGAGGCUGGUGCUGGGCCAGGAACCUGGUGCCCACAGCCCUUCCCUUGCCCUCAGAGGGCAGCAGCUGCCUCCUGGAGUGCCCCUCCCACCCCUCCCCUCU